GCUCAGGUGGCUUUCCUCCAAGGUGAGAGGAAAGGCCAAGAGAAUCUAAAGACGGACCUGGUGCGGCGGAUCAAGAUGCUAGAAUAUGCACUAAAGCAGGAGAGGGCCAAAUACCAUAAGCUGAAGUUCGGGACAGACCUGAACCAGGGGGAGAAGAAGACAGAUGUGUCCGAACAAGUGUCUAAUGGCCCUGUGGAGUCGGUCACACUGGAGAACAGCCCGUUGGUGUGGAAGGAGGGGCGACAGCUUCUGCGACAAUACCUGGAAGAGGUGGGCUACACAGAUACCAUCCUGGACAUGAGGUCCAAGCGUGUGCGUUCCCUUCUGGGUCGCUCCGUGGAGCUCAAUGGGGCCACUGAGCCUAUCGAGGGGCCACCCAGGGCUUCACCAGGCCCCGGAGGACUUAGCGGUGGCGAGUCUCUGCUGGUAAAACAGAUCGAGGAACAGAUCAAGAGAAAUGCAGCAGGCAAAGAUGGCAAGGAGCGCCUGGGUGGCUCGGUGCUGGAGCAGAUCCCCUUCCUGCAGAACUGUGAGGAUGAGGACAGCGAUGAGGACGAUGAAGUAGACAGUGUCCAGCACAAGAAGCAGCGUGUGAGGCUCCCAUCCAAGGCCCUGGUCCCUGAAAUGGAGGGUGAGGAUGAGGAAGAUGACUCAGAAGAUGCCAUCAAUGAGUUUGAUUUCCUGGGCUCAGGAGAAGAUGGUGAGGGAUCUCCAGACCCUCGACGUUGUGCUGCAGAGGGGAACCCUCAUGAGCUGGUCACCGUCACCAAUGACAACGACCUCAGCUGUGAUCUGUCUGACAGCAAAGACGCCUUCAAGAAGACAUGGAACCCUAAGUUUACCCUCCGCUCACACUACGAUGGCAUCCGCUCCCUGGCCUUCCACCACAGCCAGUCAGCACUGCUCACUGCCUCUGAGGAUGGCACACUUAAGCUGUGGAACCUUCAGAAGGCAGUUACAGCCAAGAAAAACGCUGCACUGGACGUGGAGCCCAUUCAUGCUUUCCGCGCUCACAGGGGCCCUGUGCUGGCCGUCACCAUGGGCAGCAACAGCGAGUACUGUUACAGUGCUGGAGCUGAUGGCCGUAUCCACAGCUGGAAGAUCCCUGACCUCAACAUGGACCCGUACGAUGGCUACGACCCAAGCGUGCUGAGUCACGUCCUGGAAGGCCAUGGGGAUGCUGUGUGGGGUCUGGCUUUCAGCCCCAUCUCCCAGCGACUAGCAUCCUGCUCCGCUGAUGGCACCGUUCGCAUUUGGGACCCCAGCAGCAGUGGUCCAAGCUGCCUCUGUACCUUCCCCAUGUCUGGAGAACACGGAAUCCCCACCUCAGUGGCCUUCACCAGCACCGAGCCUGCCCAUGUCGUGGCCUCCUUUCGUUCUGGUGACACUGUUCUUUAUGACUUGGAAGCUGGCAGUGCCCUCCUCACAUUGGAGUCCCGAGGGAGCAGCGGUAAAUCCGUGCACUCUAUGGUUGCCCACCUGGACGCAGUUACCUGCCUAGCUGUGGAUCCCAAUGGCGUGUUCUUGAUGUCAGGAAGCCAUGACUGUUCUCUGCGCUUAUGGAGCCUAGACAAUAAGACGUGUGUGCAGGAGAUCACGGCCCACCGCAAGAAGCACGAGGAGGCCAUCCAUGCAGUGGCCUGCCAUCCCAGCAAGGCACUUAUUGCCAGUGCUGGUGCUGAUGCUCUAGCCAAGGUCUUCGUAUGAUCCCACCUGGCCUCGCCCUGGCUACACAGUGGCAGAGAGCGGGGCCAGGCCAGUGGGGCUGAGGCAGCCCCCGGCCUCCCUCGAGAGUCUCAGAGUCUCGGCCUCUUUCAUCUUCCUGGAGCCUGGUGGUGCUAAUGGCCCUUUCCCCAGGAAUCCCCCCUCAAGGAGGGCCUCUGGACUUUCUGCUCAUUAUCACUGUGUGAUAGUCUGUCAGUCUCCUCCCAGCUCCACACUCCGCCUCUAUUUAUUUCACUCUUUAUUAUUUGGGUUCUACUUUGUGCCCUUGGUUCCCCCUUCAGGUUCCUGUUUAUAAGCCCCAUCCCUUUUGCCCCCAACUUGUACGUGAAAAAAUUGUCUCAAUAAACCCUUUGGAGUAAGA